AGUUUUUCCGGUCGCGCAGCUCAUCCUUCAACAACAAGGACAUGGCUCUGUCUUUCUCACUGCUAUGAUAUGCUUGUCUGGGAGAUAGUUGAUAUCUGCUGUCUGCUUUCUGGGACAGCAGUCCGCUCAUCUCGUGCAAGGAUCGUGCCGCGAUCGACUGCUGUUUCCUGCACCCGUUCGUUUUCUUACUCCACACCCGCCCGCCUCGAGCGACUAUUAUUCCCCUCUAGCCUGGACAGAAAAAAAUUUCUGUAUGGUCCAGUACAAAGCGAUCAGACGUCUGUUGAUUUCCGAUUAGUGCCAAAGCGGAAGACUAGACAGACAGUGGUAAAAGGGCGGGAGACUGGACAUAUAUGGGGAGAAACGAACCCCUCUCUACAAUACCGUCCACGAUUUACAGUAUUUGGCAUUAUCCCGAAAAACCGAUGGGAGAGUGUAAUGCGCAUUGUUCUUGCGCCCAAGCAGACUCGCAAGAAGAUGGAAACGGCUGUCAGGAUUUGGCAAAAUGAAAUAUUCGGAGAUCGAUUACGAGAUAUCUUCAAACCAUUGAUCGCCUCUAAACGCCGUCUUUUAAUCCCACAGGAAGACAAAAACCGGAUUGUCACAGUUCUAGUUCAGAUCGCACACCAAUACGGCGCUGACGAGCUCUUUCUCUUUUGGGAAUCUAUAGCUGCUCUUGACCCGGGCAUUGGUGUGAUCAUUCAAAGAUGGCUAUUGCCUCACUUUACCCGUGAAUUGGCUUACAGGCGAAUGUUCUAUCAACUUUCAGAGUUUGUGGCUCGCUGCAUAUCAAAGUACGGUGAAUUGGAGGUGCGCUAUAAGCUACUGCCAGAUCAAGAUCCAAUCGAGCAGCAAGAGCAGUCUCGUGACACAGACCAGACUCUCAGUACCGAGGAUUUCAUACACCCCAGUCGCGAGGAGCUCGAUGCUCUUCGACUGCAUCUGGAAAGGAGUGCUAAUAGAGUUGUUAAGUCUGCCCUUGCAAAUAUCGAACUACGGCGGGGCCUUAAACUCACGCAAGAGACUCACGCCAGCGUCUCAUCUCACUAUAAUUUUGGCGGCUUGAUUCUUUUUUUCACUUACAUCAAACUUCCGCCGAAGACGAAGUUCGUGCUCCCAGAAGCAACUCAUAACGUACUGCUGAAAUAUUUGGACCGCAGGGAGUAUAUCCCAUUUCUUCUUGAGAUGCUGCGUCUAGGCCAGUCAUUCAACACACCCAUAAUGACGCGGUAUUUUCAAUAUAUGACAUCCAGACGAUCAAACAGGAUAUUGAAUGCAGCUGCUAUCGAUUUCUUCAACGCCUUGGAGGAAAAAAGAGGCGCAGACGGAAUCGACAAUGGUCUUUCACCAAUGGCAUGCAUAUAUCUAUUACGAGCAUGUAGAUAUGAAGACCUCAACAUUGACUUAGUUCUGAGCAAAGCUGAGACGCUUCUUAACGAUCCGAAUAACUCUCUCCCAAGCUUUUCGUGGUACUACCUCAUGACUGCUUACAACAAGCGCAACAAUCUGGCAAAGGUCAUUGAAAUUUUCCGGUACAUCAACGACAACAAGCUUCAGAUGGAACGCACGUCUAAAGAUCAGGACCCAUUUACUUGGGACUUCAAGGAUAGUACUCCUAUCCACUACAGAAUUCUCUUUAACACCAUGAAGCGAUAUGCAAUGAAAACAGCUGACGCGCAGUAUGCGCGUCAGCUGGUGACUGAGGCGACUGGUAUUCUUUCGUUAAUGCGCAAGGAGGAAAUUCCUUAUGACAGUGGCAUCUUGACUGAUUAUCUCCAUCUGAUCGCAACGGAAAGCACUCUCAACUCUUUGAUGUCACACUUUGUCAUUAUAUUUGGCAGCGGCCAACUUCUGGACAUCGGAAUUCUCGUACAGCAAGACGGCGAAUUGUUUUUAAAUCCAACCUACUUCCAACUGGAAGCUAACGGACUCGGAAAUGUGCUUCAUGUGGACACACAGGCCUCUGCUGAAUUAAUGAACACACAGAUCUCUGCUGAACCAAUUAAGCCGACUCUUGUGACCAUUAUGAUGAUUUUGGAUAUGUGUAAGUAUGAGAUUCGAGAUUUCGAGAUUCUGGGGCAACUGGAAAGCGCGGCUUUGAACUAUAUGGAUCGUCUGUUGUCUAUUAGUAAGAAAACGCGGGCAAAAUUGUUUGCUGGUGAUGUGAGCGAUCCAGAGCUUGUUCGACUGCGAACAAGAGUGCUCUUCAUCUUUGCUCGAGCAAGAGCAAACUUGAGAGGAAGAUGGGUUGAGUCAGGAGAUUAGGAGAAUCUCGUACCAGCUACUAGUAAUGCAUGACCAAUG